UUAAGCAGCCUAGUGGAGCUGGAGAAGCUGCUGCAGCGCGUGAAGCCCAAGUAUCUGCUGCCCAAGCGCUUUGUCCGGACCAAAGGGUCCCGCAUGAGCGAGGCGGACAAGGACGAGCUGGACGCAGACCUGGUGGAGCUCAUCAAGAACUGCAGCAGCAAAAUCGACGAUCUCAAGACGGCGGUGGAGGCACAGGCUGUAGUUUCCAGUGUGGGGGAGUACCAGAGAGAGGUGGUGGCCUACUUGCUGGAGCGUUUGAAAACUAUUGCGGAUGGAGCGAAGCAGAUGCAGAAGAAGAGGUACCAGCAGCCGUUCCUGCUAUCGUCACGGUUGCUGCCAGAGGACGACAGACAGGAGCUGGAUGCACUGGAGCAGAAAAUUGUGCGGAUGAGGGAAGUGGAAGCCAAGAAGAAGCAACUUACUGUCAGCUCUCCGAAAAAUCCUGAAGUUCCGGCGCUUUUGUCGCCACGAUCACCAAAGUCGCCGUCCACGAAUGGACCAGCUUCGCCGCUCGCUGUAUCGUCUCCGGUGAAGCAAGCGAAACCGGAAGUCCGUCAGCGCAAUAACUCCAAAGCGCGGAAAUCAGUGCCAAAACCACAGCAGGCAUCGGUGUUUGCUUCACAGAAGGAUGCGCUUGAAUUCACGGAAGAGGAAGACCGUCGCUUCCGUGUCGAGAACGUCAUGCUUCAUCGCCACUUCCAAGAAAACCUAGAGGACGCCAAGUACGCUGUUGCUGAAAAUGGAGUCGAAAAUGGCCGAGAUUUCGAACCUCAUGGGCCAAUUUGCGGACAAAAUCAUGGAGCAGCAAAACGAUAUUGA